AUGCCCGUAAAAUGGCUGGAAGAAAUUGCACUUGCGAACCAACAGGACCGUAAACCAUCCUUACUUCGUGCAAUGACCAAGGCUUUUUGGAUGAGUUAUGCUCCUUCGGGCAUUAUGUUCCUCAUACAGGCCCUCGUCUUCAAACCGUUCCAACCUGUUGCUCUAAGCAUGAUGCUGGCUUACUGGGAGCCAGGUUCGAACAUGACAUACGAACAAGCCGUGUACUGUGCAACAGCCGUUAUACUCAUCUCAAUCUUUAUCGGUUUUCUGAAUCAUCACGGGACAUAUUCCACUCAGCAAUUCGGCAUGAAAGUUCGCAUUGCCGCGUGCUCACUUAUUUAUAGAAAGGUAAUGCGUAUGAGCUCCGGUGCGCUGGCGCAGACGACGGCAGGUCAAGUUGUAAAUUUGCUAUCCAACGACGUUAACCGUUUCGACUAUGCUUUUAUAUAUACUCAUUUCAUUUGGUUAUUACCACUGCAAGUGAUCGUCGUUUGCUACCUUAUAUAUCUUAAAAUUGGAUACGCAGCUAUCGUUGGUGUCAUUGGCAUUGUCCUGCAGACUAUACCAGUACAGUCUUACAUGAGUAAAUUAGCUGCAAAAUUACGAAAAAAAACCGCAUAUAAAACAGACGAAAGAGUGCGCAUUAUGGACGAAAUUAUUAGUGGCAUGCAGGUCAUAAAAAUGUACGCGUGGGAGAAACCUUUUGAACAAGUGGUAGUGCUUUCACGAAAAAAUGAGAUCGACAGCAUCACAUCAGCCUCAUAUCUUCGUGGCGUAUAUCUUAGCUUCAUGGUGUUUACGGAAAGACUCUCACUGUACAUCACGUUACUAACGUACUCCUUGUUUGGAUACCAAGUUACUGCAGAUAUAGUAUUUCCUCUAGCACAAUUUUUUAAUACUCUUCAAGGGACAUUAUCUAUAAUAAUGUCGAAUGCAGUAUCCUUCCUAGCAGAAGCCUUGAUAUCAGUACAACGUCUUGAGGAGUUCAUGUUGCUAGAUGAACGGGAAGAUCUUCGCAGUGUGCCUAAUGUUGACAUAGCAAAGUUAUUGCAAAGUGUGAAGAGUCAAAAAACGUUAAGGCCUUUAGUGACAUCGACCUACGUCCAACUACUUUCAAGAAAAUUGACGAAGAAGGUAUAUAUAACCCAGAGCUCCAUUCUUCAGUUACUGUUAAGUGAAUUAAGAUCGAGUAGUGGCCGCGUAUAUCUGUCUGGGCCGCUUUCUUACGCAAGUCAAGAACCUUGGCUAUUCGUAGCUACUGUCAGACAAAACAUUUUGUUCGGAUUGCCGUAUAGUGCCAAAAAGUAUAAAGAAGUUAUAAGAGUGUGUGCUCUUCAAAAAGACUUUCAGCAAUUGCCUCAUGGUGACCAGACACUGGUCGGAGAAAGAGGUGCUUCGUUAUCCGGUGGUCAAAGGGCACGAAUCAACCUUGCCAGAGCCGUCUACAGACAAGCUGACAUCUAUCUGAUGGAUGACCCGUUAUCAGCAGUAGACGCCCACGUGGGAAGGCAGCUUUUCGACGAGUGUAUUAACGGUUACUUGCGACACACCACACGUGUUCUCGUGACACAUCAACUGCACUAUCUUAAGGAUGCCGACUGUAUCGUCAUUUUAAACAACGGUAUGGUUGAAGCGAAAGGUACGUACGAUGAACUACAGACAACAGGCAAAGACUUUGCUAAAUUAUUAUCAUCUAGCCAUGAUGAAAAUGAAGAUAAAAAGAAACUGGAUAAACCUCUUCCUCUAUCCAGACGUACUUCAGCCAGGCUAUCAACUACCCGGCGUCCGUCUAUGACAGACUCAAUGACUGGUUUUGAAAUACCCGCUCAAGAAAUGGAAGAAGAAGAAAGAGAAUCUGGCUCAAUGGGCUGGCAUGUAUAUGGUGCUUACUUGAGUGCCGGUGGCAAGACGCCGAGAGUAAUAUUUAUGAUUUUACUUUUAGUCGUAGGACAAUUAUCGGCCACGCUUUGCGACUACUGGGUUACAUUCUGGACUAACGAGGUAACCACAAUGAAAGACUUUGAAAAUAACAGAACGUCAAUCAAUAAACAAGAUUAUCACUUGCAAACGUCGCCACGCACGUUCAACGUAUCUAGCUACUUCACCGGAAUUAACCAAAAACCAGAUUUAAACAUCCACGAUUAUAUUGGCCCAUUAGAUACGGCUCAAUACCUCUACGUAUACUCAGCUCUAAUCGUGUGUUGUAUAUUCUUCAUCACCGCCCGUGCUUUUAUAUUCUUCAAGGUGUGCAUGACAGCUUCUCGCAACCUCCACAAUAACAUGUUCCACUCAAUGCUCAGAGGUGUCAUGCGGUUCUUCGACACAAAUUCAUCAGGACGUAUACUCAACAGGUUCUCCAAGGACAUAGGUGCUCUAGAUGAGUUGCUACCACGUUUCCUUUUAGAAUGUAUCCAGAUUUACCUCGUAAUGUUCAGUAUAUUGGCUUUGAAUGCGGCUGCUCUUAUUUGGACUCUGCUCCCAACCACGAUCAUUCUAUUAUUAUUCUACUCCAUUCUCCAAAUUUACUUGAAGUCAGCUCAGUCUAUCAAACGAUUGGAAGGCACUACUCGUAGUCCAGUGUUCUCUCAUAUGUCGGCUACCCUUAAUGGUAUUGGUACAAUUCGAUCAGCCGGAGCGGAAAAACGACUUAUUCAAGAAUUCGACCAAUUCCAGGAUAUCCACACAUCUACAUGGAGUAGUUACCUGGCAAGCGGAGUGACGUUAGGUUUUUGGCUUGACUUCAUCUGUGUGCUAUAUCUGACCAUUGUUAUAGUUGCUUUUCUCGUCAUUGACAGCAAAACCAUAUUCUCCGGCAAUGUGGGAUUGGCGAUAUCACAGACUUUGAUCUUGACGGGUAUGCUCCAAUUCGGUGUACGACAGACUGCCGAGGUGAUCUCACAGAUGACUAGCGUUGAACGUAUUCUGCAAUAUACGCACAUAGAACGAGAACCUAAGUGGGAAAAAGGAGACAAAGAAACUCCUAAAAAUUGGCCACUACGAGGUCGCAUCGAGUUCAAGAAUUGUUACAUGAAAUAUUCUCCAAAUGACUUGCCUGUUCUCAAGAAUCUCAACUUAGUGAUUGAAAGCGGAUGGAAGGUUGGAAUUGUAGGCAGAACAGGAGCUGGAAAAUCUUCGUUAAUAUCCUCUUUAUUCCGCCUCGCUAUUGUUGAAGGAGAAGUGUUAAUUGACGGUGUCGAUACCAGCUAUAUAGCGUUACAGGACCUGCGGUCGAAGAUAUCCAUAAUACCACAAGAACCAGUGCUCUUUUCGGCGACAGUGCGGUAUAAUUUGGACCCGUUCAAUAACUACGACGAUGAACAGCUUUGGCGAGCAUUAGAAGGUGUUGAUCUAAAAAACGCGGUGCCAGCACUAGACUUUAAAGUGUCGGAAGGCGGGGCCAACUUCUCGCUUGGACAGCGGCAGCUUGUGUGCCUGGCGCGCGCCAUUCUGCGUGGCAACAAAAUUCUCGUGCUAGACGAGGCCACCGCCAACGUCGACCCUAAAACAGACGAAUUUAUUCAAAAAACAAUAAGAACUCGUUUUGCUGACUGCACUGUCUUAACAGUUGCUCAUAGACUAAAUACCAUAAUGGAUUCAGACCGAGUUAUCGUCAUGGAUUGCGGCCGCCUGGUCGAGUUCGAUUAUCCCCACAAACUUCUUAACAAUCCAGAGGGAUACUUUAUUUCUGGUGUUAUUAACGAUUUACUUUCUAAAAUGAGUACCCAAUUAUUACCUAUCAUACCACCGGUUACAUGGGCGCAGACAACUGAUUCAGUAUUUUUGACAUUCAAUGUUGAAUCAGAAAAACCCGAGAUUAUUAUUGAAAGAAGAGCUGUUACAUUUGAAGGAAUAGGCAAUCCAGAUAAGAAAUAUUAUGCAGUAGUAAUAGAAUUAUAUACAGAUAUUGAUCCUAAAAGAAGUUCAUACACAAACAAAGGAAGGUACGUAGAGGUUUUUCUUACAAAGGAUAAAGCAAAUGAACCUUUCUGGCCAUCUUUGACUAAUGACAAGAAAAAGCAUCAUUGGCUUAAAAUUGAUUUUGAACGCUGGCAGGAAGAAACUGAAGGUGAUGAUUUGGAAGAAAACAUGGAUGUUUAA